AUCUUAUCCAAUGUGUACGUUUAUUCCUGUAAUUUAGGAAAUUCUUUUCUGCUCUGCUUUGAGCUGCCCUUUUUCUGAUUUUUGUUUAAAGAACGCUGCUGUUCAGAGCCAAGUCUCCUAUUGGGGUCUAAUCUGAAAGAAAGAAAAAUGCUUUUUAAAAAGCCCAGCUUCUUCCUGGUUUGAUGGUUGCUAACGUUCCGAUAUGUCCAGCCAACCAUCUGCAACCACAAAUUCCCUGCUGAGGAGCUGGCGGGAGGCAGAGGAAGAAAGAGCAGCUCAGGAGUCACUACAUGAGCAGAGCUUUGGCAGUCAGGCUGAACUCAGUCAAGAAUUCUCUUCAGAAACCAGAGCGAAACAGAACCGUUCCCGAUAAGCAAAAUUCAAAGCAAGAUGUAGCAGUGUUCCGAACAAAGAGAUGUGAAUUCUCCUUCAGGACAAAGAUCUGUGGAUGAACUUUUGGAAGAUUCCUGCUUUAGCUUCCCUCAACUUCCACGUUUGCCUCCUUUACAUCCUUUAGAACAAUAAACAAGCGGAAAUGAGGAAGAGACACUUGAGAGUGGGUCAGCAAACGUGGGCUCUUCUCUGCAAGAACUGGCGGAAGAAGGGCAGGAUGAGAAGAGACACGGCGAUGGAAUGGUUUUUCUCAUUUCUUCUAAUAUUUCUUACAUAUCAACUGUCCUCCGAUUUACAUCAAGUUCAUGACGCUCCUCAGAUUCCUGAAGUGGAUCUAGGACGUGUUGAUGAUUUUAAUGAUUCUAACUAUAUGAUUGCAUUUGCUCCCGAGACUAAAACCGUCUACGAGAUAAUGAACAAAGUGGCAUCGGCUUCCUUCAUGAAAGGAAGAAGAAUUGUGGCAUGUCCUGACGAAACAUGUAUGAGCGAACUAGAUUUAAAUUACUCGACAGACGCAGUGAGAGUCAUCUUCAAGGAUACAUUCUCAUAUCAUUUGAAAUUUUCAUGGGGUCAGAGGAUCCCACAAGUAAAAGAACACAGAGACCAUUCAGCUCCCUGCGAAACAAUGGAUGACAAAAUAACUUGUAGAAAUUCAAUCUUCUGGGAGAAAGGGUUUGUAGCCUUCCAAGCUGCCAUUAACGCUGGCAUCAUAGAGAUUACAACAAAUCACUCAGUGAUGGAAGAGCUGAUGUCAGUUAUUGGGUCACACAUGAAGAUACUACCUUUCAUUUCCCAGGGAGGAGUUGCAACUGAUUUUUUAAUUUUCUUCUGUGUUAUAUCCUUUUCUUCAUUUAUAUACUAUUUAUCCAUCAACAUUACCCAAGAAAGGCAAUACAUUACAACACUGAUGGCAACGAUGGGACUUCGGGAGUCUGCUUUCUGGCUUUCCUGGGGUUUGAUGUAUGCUGGCUUUAUCCUUGUCACGGCUACUUUGAUGUCUCUUAUUAUGAAAUCUGCCCAGAUUUUCGUCUUAACUGGUUUCAUGGUGGUGUUCCUUCUUUUUCUCCUUUAUGGCCUCUCUUUGAUAACGUUAGCUUUCCUCAUGAGUGUGUUGUUAAAGAAACCUUUUCUCACUGGUUUGGUCGUCUUCCUCCUCACCAUCUUUUGGGGAAGUCUGGGAUUCACAGCGCUGUACAGACACCUUCCUGCCUUUAUGGAAUGGACCUUGUGUUUGCUUAGCCCCUUUGCCUUUACUGCUGGAAUGGCCCAGCUUAUUCAUUUGGACUACGACGUGAAUUCUAAUGUUAAUUUGGACUUUCCAAACAACUCAUACCUAAUCAUAGCCAACCUCUUUAUGUUGAUUUUGGAUGCUUUUCUCUAUUUGGUACUGGCAUUGUAUUUUGACAAAAUUUUACUCAGUAAGUAUGGACAUCGACGUUCCCCAUUAUUUUUCCUGAAGUCAUCUUACUGGUUUCAACACAGAAGAGCUAAUCAUGUGGUCCUUGAGAAUGAAACAGACUCUGGUCCUCCACUAGAUGACUCGUUUGAACCAGUGCCUCCAGAAUUCCAGGGGAAAGAAGCCAUCAGGAUCAAAAAUCUUAGAAGGGAAUAUACAGGAAAGCAUGGAAAAGUAGAAGCUUUAAAAGGUCUGGGAUUUGACAUAUAUGAAGGCCAGAUCACUGCUCUUCUUGGCCACAGUGGAGCUGGGAAAACCACACUGAUAAAUACACUCUGUGGACUGUCACCCCCAACUACAGGGUCCGUCACCAUCUAUAAUCAGACACUUUCAGAAAUGGAUGACUUUGAUACUGUCGUCAAGCUCACUGGAGUUUGUCCACAAUCCAAUAUACAAUUUGGUUUUCUCACCGUGAGAGAAAAUCUCAGACUUUUUGCUAAAAUAAAGGGAAUUCUGCCGCAUGAAGUAGAGCAGGAGGUACAGCGAGUUUUGCGGGACUUAGAAAUGGAUAAUAUUCAAGACAUUCUUGCUCAGAGUUUAAGUGGUGGACAAAAAAGGAAACUGACUUUUGGGAUUGCCAUUUUAGGAGACCCUCAGGUUUUGCUACUGGAUGAACCAACCGCUGGAUUGGACCCACUUUCAAGGCAUCACAUAUGGAACCUCCUGAAAGAGAGGAAAGUAGACAGAGUAAUUGUCUUUAGUACUCAGUUCAUGGAUGAGGCUGAUAUCCUGGCUGACAGGAAGGUGUUUAUAUCCAAUGGGAAACUAAAGUGUGCAGGGUCUUCCCUGUUCCUGAAGAAGAAAUGGGGCAUUGGCUAUCAUCUAAGUUUGCAUCUGAAUGAAAUAUGUGAUCCAGAGAGUGUAACGUCACUGGUCAAAAAGCACAUCCCUGAUGCCAGAGUGACCACACAAAGUGAAGAAAGGCUCGUCUUUAUCUUGCCCCUGGAAAGGACAAACAAAUUUCCAGAUCUUUACAGGGAUCUUGAUAGGUGUUCUAACCAAGGCAUUGAGAACUAUGGUGUUUCCAUGACAACUCUGAAUGAGGUGUUCCUGAAAUUAGAAGGGAAGUCAAUGACAGACGAAUCAGAUAUUGGAAGCAGUGGGCACUUAGAAAGAGGAGGGGCGGAAGCCACGGGAAGCCUUGCUGAGCUGGCGCAAAUGGUGUCCUCCCGAGAUUCAUCGGGAGACAUGAGGAGUGGCAUGGCGCUGUGGAGGCAGCAGCUCUGUGCUGUCGCCAAGGUUCGCUUCCUCAAGCUCAAGAAAGAAAGGAAAAGCCUGAUGACCGUGCUACUGCUUUUUGGCGUUAGCUUUCUUCCCCAAGUUUUGGGAUACCUGAUCUAUGAGCUACAGCAUGAGAAUUACUCAUGGGGCCUGUCUCCAAGUAUGUAUUUCCUUGCCCCAGGGCAGCCCCCGCAGGAUCCUCUGACCCACUUACUGGUCAUCAAUAAAACAGGUUCCAGCAUCGAUAACUUUGUCCAUUCACUUAGACAGCAGAGCAUAGCAGUAGACAUAGAUGUCCUGGGAACCAGAAAUGGCACAGAAGAGGUUCUCUACAAUGGCGCUAUCACUGUGUCGGGUGAUGAAAAGGACCUCAGAUUUUCAAUAGCGUGUAAUACCAAAAGACUAAACUGCUUUCCAGUCCUCAUGGAUAUUAUUAGCAAUGGGCUGCUUGGAAUCUUUAAUUCUUCAGAACGCAUCCAGACGGACAGAAGCACGUUUGUUGAAGAGCAUAUGUUUUAUGAGCAUGAACACAUGAACAGCGCGUUCUUCUGGAUACCGUUGGCUGCCAGUCUCGCUCCUUACAUCGCCAUGAGCAGCAUCAGUGACUACAAAAGAAAAGUUCUUUCCCAGCUGUGGAUCUCAGGCCUAUACCCUUCUGCCUACUGGUGUGGACAGGCUCUGGUGGACAUUCCCCUGUACUUUUCGAUUCUCUUUCUCAUGCAAAUAAUGGAACAUGUUUUCAGCCAGGAGGAGAUUAUGUUUAUAAUUGAAAACCUGCUAAUUCAGACCCUGUGCAGUAUUGGGUACGCAUCAUCCCUUAUUUCCCUGACAUACAUAAUUUCAUUCGUUUUUCGUAAUGGUAGAAAAAAUAGUGGCGUCUGGUCAUUUUUCUUCUUGAUUGUCACCAGCUUCUCCUUAGUUGCUAAUGAGAUAAAUGCAUAUGGGUUUCUAGGGCUCCUAUUCAGCACCCUUCUGAUUCCACCCUUCACACUGAUUGGCUCUCUAUUCAUUUUUUCUGAGAUUUCUUAUGACUCUAUGGAUUACUUAGAAGCCUCCGAAUCUCAAGUCAUGUUUCUGGCAUUGCUCAUACCUUACUUCCAUUUUCUCCUUUUCUUUUUUGUUCUGCGCUGUCUGGAAAGGUACUCCAGGAAGAAAUCGCUGAGAAUGGACCCUGUGUUCAGAAUUUCCCCAAGAAGCUGUCAUGCUUUCCCAAACCCGGAAGAGCCCGGAGAAGAAGAUGAAGAUGUUCAGAAGGAAAGAACGAGAACAGCAGAUGCUGUGACUGCGCUACAGAUGAACGAGAAGCCAGUCAUCAUUGCUAGCUGUCUACGGAAGGAGUAUGCAGGCAAAAAGAAAAAAUGCUUCUCCAAAACAAAGAAAAAGAUCGCCACAAGGAACAUCUCCUUCUGUGUUAAAAAAGGUGAAGUUCUAGGGCUCUUAGGACACAAUGGAGCUGGUAAAAGUACAACGAUUAGUAUGAUAACUGGAGACACAAACCCAACUGCAGGGCAGGUAUUUUUGAAAGGGUGCAGUGAAGGUACCACCCUCGGCUUCUUGGGGUACUGUCCUCAGGAGAACGUGCUGUGGCCCGUCCUGACAGUGAAGGAGCACCUGGAGGUGUACGCCGCCGUGAAAGGGCUGAAGAAAAAGGAUGCCUCGGUCACUAUUACACGACUGGCGAAUGCCCUCAAACUGCAGGACCAGCUGAAGGCUCCAGUAAAGACCCUAUCAGAGGGAGUGAAGAGAAAGCUCUGUUUCGUGCUGAGCAUCCUGGGGAACCCAUCUGUGGUGCUUCUGGAUGAACCGUCGACCGGGAUGGACCCUGAGGGGCAGCAGCAGAUGUGGCAGGCGAUCCGGGCCACCUUUACGAACACAGAGAGGGGCGCCCUCCUGACUACCCAUUACAUGGCAGAGGCGGAGGCUGUGUGUGACCGUGUGGCCAUCAUGGUGUCUGGGAGGCUGAGAUGUAUUGGUUCUAUCCAACACUUGAAAAGCAAAUUUGGCAAAGAUUACCUGCUGGAGAUGAAGGUAAAGACCCUCACACAAGUGGAGUCCCUUAACACGGAGAUCAUGACGCUUUUUCCCCAGGCUGCUCGGCAGGAAAGAUACUCCUCUCUGAUGGUCUAUAAGUUACCUGUUGAGGAUGUAUGGCCUUUGUCACAGGCUUUCUUCAAACUGGAGAGACUGAAAGAGAACUUUGACUUGGAAGAAUACAGCCUCUCACAGUCCACUCUGGAGCAGGUCUUCCUGGAGCUCUCCAAGGAGCAGGAGCUGGAUGACUUGGAUGAGGAACUAGACUCCUCGGUGAAGUGGAAGCUCCUCCCACAGGAAGAGCCUUGAAGUUUUAAAUGUUCUGUUUGUCUUCAAGCUCACGUCCUUUUUAAAGGCAGCACUCAGCAGCAUCGACGCGUCUUAUUUGUCUCAGAUGUAGUAUUAAGUAUUUUUGAAACCCAUGUCAGAAUUUCCCUGAGUAAUAUUUCUGACAGUGGUGACCAAAGUAAGAACAAGGUAGAACACACAGCCAGGGCCCCCUCAACCAAGUCAUGGUUCACACAGUAUGGAGUUUUUAAAUGCAUUUAUAAUAGUAGUUUCUGAGAAACUACUGCAGAGACUGAUUGACCUUCUUCUCCCCUCCACCCCCGAAUUCCAAAACAUUGGCUGUUUUCUCUCCUUAUUGAUUAGGUAAGGUAUAGUUUAAACAACAUUGAUUUUAGGGGGAAGAUCGUCGACUUCGCAAGCACGGUAUUUGCUUUUCAUGACCCACAUUGACAGUCUGUAGACUUUGGGUUACAGAGAAGGGUUUUGUCCAUUGUGACUACAAAAACAGCUUUAAACUUGUAGGAGUAAAUACUUGCAAUCAUUAAAUGACUGAGUGCAUAUUUACAUCUACAUCUGAACUAUUUCUGAAAUUUAGAGUUUUUUAAAUGAUGCAAAUAUAUAUUUUUAGGCAAAAGGACUACUUUGCAAGUCUUUAUUUAUCAAGUCUGUGUAUACUAAGUUCUAUCUACUGUAUCCUCAGUACAACUGCCAUAAACUCUAUGAGAUUUUUACUACUUUUAUUUUUACCAGUUAUCCAAACAUUUACAGGCAGUUAUGUGAAAAAAUCGACCUUGAUUAUAGGGUUGUGUGUUGUGCAUGUGAACAUGAACUGCCCUCAUGUCAUGAGAAGUCGUGCCCUAGAUCUUGAACAAAGGCUCCAAGUCUUUAAUUCUUAAAAAAGAGACAUUAAUGCUGGCCCUACUGAUUUACCUGGCCUUGGAAACGAUGAAUUAAUUGAUAUAAGCCAAUACCUAAAAGCACUUUACUAGGGGCCAGAAAAACAGCUUAACAGUGAAGGACUGAUGACCUAUUAAGCCUGGUGAACAGAGUUUAAUCCUGGGGAUUGUAGAAGAGCCAUCCCUCAAGUUGUUUCCUGACUGCCAAACACAUGUGGCGUCAUGCAUGUGUCUACGUACCUAUACUCAGAGCAUACAAAAAAUGAAAUAAAAAUAUAAUGGGCUUUAUUGUGGUGUUUUCAUAUGUAUUUUGUUUUUGUUGAUACUUCUUUAUUGCACCCCUCCCUUACCCCUGCACUACUCUCUGUAGCUCCCCUCCCUUACCCCUGCAUUACUCUCCAUCACUCCCCUCCUGAUGGGGAAGCUCAGCCAAUCACAUCUGGCUUGGGUGUGGCCACCUGGAGCCAGGUAGUUAAACUGGGGUAGAUUGGUGCACAAACCUGCAUGGUGCUUGCCUGACUCGUUUGGACUUCGGACCUUUUACUCCGGUUGCGUCAAGAAAACUACAACCACAAUCUUCCUCCAGAAGCAAUCACACUGACUGGGAACCCCCAAAACAGGCAAAUAGACUGAACACAAUACAGACGUGAUUGAGACCUGAAAGAAAUAGAAACCAUUUUCUUGAAGCAGGGAAACACAGGGAUAAACCAAGUCUCUAGGACACUUCAAACAUCCCAAAAUGUCUCAAGGUCUGUAUCAAGCUGACAGCUGGCCCUAAUUGUGACAUCACGACAACUCAGAUGUGUACUGCAGAAGCUUCAGGACAAGAAACAGGCAAAGGCUUCAUCUUAUACUGUUCCCUUAAUUUUGGCUGAACUAAUUGCCAAACUAUAGAGCUAAUGAUCAUUUAAUAAGUCUCUUGAGAAGGCAGAGAUCUGCACUCUCAGCCUUCAUAAUGCAUCCACGUGGAAUCUGGAAUCUUGAUGGUAAUGGGCUUUCUGCCUCCCAAUAGCAAGCUUCUCCACUAAUGCAGUAAGCCAGAUCGAGCCGAACUGAAGCAGUAUAAGAACAGGUGUAUUAAGCAAAGCAGCUCCCCCUGACUGGUUCUCGGGUUUCAGAGACUGAAGUCAAAGAAGCUGCACCCCCAAACUAAAGCAGGGAGAUUUUAUAGGUUGUAGGUGAGGGGUGAUGAUGUGUCCACCGCAAACUGGGUUGGUGCCCAAGUAUGGUCAAAAGCCGAGUAAGCAGGGACUUGGGUGGUUGGCAACCUCAGAGGAGGGUGUAAUAGCCAUCAAGAAUGCAGAACUGGGCUUUUCGUCAGACUCUGAGUGAGUGGGGUUUGGGAAGAAAGAAAGAAGAGACAGGAACGGGACUUUCCAGAUCAUGCAGGGGUGAGCUGGAGGCUCCAACCAAACAAAUGGUAUUUAAGUUCUAUUACCAACUUUAUCUGAGGGCAACAAGUUAUGUUAAUAUAGUAAAAUAUCUCAAUGGGUGCUGGAGCACUAUCAUCCCCCCACACACACUGGGGCUCUGUCUAAGUCAUUUUCUGUUGCUGAGAUAGAACACCAUGACAACGCAACAGAAGGAAGGCUUUGUCUGGGUUACAGUUCCAUAGGGUGAGAUGUCCAUCAUCAUCAGGCAGGAAGCAUGGCAGCAGGUAUGGCAGGCAUGACACUGGAGCAGGAGCUGAGAACUCACAUUUGGACCCACAAAAUGAAACAGAGAGCACACUUGGAAUGGCAUGAGUCUUUUGAAACCCCACACCCAGUGGAUACCUUCUCCAAUACGGUCAUACUUCUUGAUCCUUCCCAAACAAUUCCACCAAGUAGGAACCAACAUUGGAACAUAUGAGCCUGUACAGGCCAGUGUCAUUGAAACCACCACAGGCCCCAACCUCUUAAACUGAUAGACCAAAUUGCCUUGAAUUUGUGAAAGUUUUAUUACACAUUUUCCAUAAUAUCAAUAGUAGGACAAGAGUACUUUCAUCAUUUAAAGGGACCUAGGUUUUCAAAAGACGGAGAAAUUGAGGUCAAAGGUUUGUUGUUUUGUUUUGUUUUUUUUUUUUUUUUGUUGCUUUUUCUCAGUUGUUUGUUCUCUUGAAAUGUUGGCAAGGACAAAUGCAGAAAGCAUGGGAAUUAUUUAGUAGCUGCGUGUUGCCCCAUAUAAAAACCUCUCUCUUAGAUUAAGCAUGCCACUAUUUUUAAGAAAAAGUUAUAGAACUAUAACAUAACAUUCUGGUGUGUGUGCCUGUGUGUUUGUUUUGUGUAUGUGUCCAUGUUUGUGAAGUAGGCAUAUCUCUGGGGGUAUGUGCAUUUCUGAAUGCAUGUUGAUAGCCGAGGUUGAGGUCCAGGGUUCUUCCUUGACCAUUCUUGGCUUAAUUUUUGAGACGUUUUCUGUCAUUUAUCCUAAAGUUCAUUGAUUCAGCUGGGGCUGGCAGCCAAUGAGCUCUGCUCCCCAGCACUGCAGGUUACAGAGGCACACAACCACACCAGGCUUUUUAAAUGGGCACUGGGAAUCUAAACACAAAUCCUUGUGUUCGCAAGGCAGGCUUUUUCCUCAUUAAACCAUAUUCCCAGCCCCCUAACAUUCUCGUUUUUUUUUUUCAUGUAUGCCUUCUUGUAUGGCAAUAAAGGAGCUAAGCUGGCUUAUACCAAAUAUUAAAAACAUGACUACAUUUGUAUAGGGGUAAAAGAACAGAAAAAAAAAACGCAAUUAUAUGUGGGAAGCACAUAAUGAGAGGGAAAAAUGAUGAGUAAGAAAUUAGGCACAUGGAAAGUUAUUAUUCCAUUUCCACAAAUGGUUUGGAAAGAGAAUGCUACAGUUUCUCAGCAUCAGAAGUGGCUAACGCGGUAUCGCUAAGGAAUUAAGCUCAUCUGUCCAGCACAUUUCGCAAUCAAUGAGCACUUGAAGGUGCUGCAGCUGCUGAAGACCCCUGGGACGGAAGACUGCAUCUGGGAGGAAGAUCCCGCAACCCAGGAAGGAAAUGAAGAACACUCUUUGUAGAUGGGAUAGCCCACAUCCAUGAGCUGACUGAUUGGAAAUUAGCUGGCUAUAUCUACUUGUAAUGGCUUUGAUCAAUUUGAUGGCUACUUUUGAAGCACCCCAGCACUUCAAACUUCUUCCUGUACAUUGGCCUGGCUGGUGACCCAUCUUCUUCUCAUCCCCAGUGGCUUCCUUCAAGUUGGCAGUCUCCGGAAUCACCAACACUUCUGUUGGUCCCCAGGUUCCCUUCGAGUCAUACUCUGGGGGCUUCCCUCGCCUUUUUCCUCAAAUCUAAACUGGUCAUAUCCAAAAGGAUUUUUUCCAAACAUCAAAUAUUUGCUCCAAUAAAAAAUAUUUUGCAACUU